AUCCGAACAGUCCACCCACGGCGCACUACCCCUCGAGACAGCACAACUUCCUCCUCCUCACCAGUCAUCACCCAGAUCCUAACAGCCAGUCGGAUCCACCCCAUCCCCGCUUCCCAACUCCCCUGUUCUCGCCAUGGAGGGGCUCAUCAAGGGUUUGGCCAAAGCGGCGAUCGACGCCUUGGACGGCGGCGAUGACCAGCGGGAGCGGGGCGAAGACCGCGACGAGGCGCCGAGGAGGCACCGCCCCGCGCGGGACGCCGAGGCGGAGGAGGAUGAGGAGGGCUGCGAGCAGCGGGACCGCUCGACGUGGGCCGAGGUGGUCUCCGAGAAGAAGGGCGGCGAGCCGGAGGAGAAGCGCCGGGGUCCUCGGCCCUCCAGGCGGGAGGAGAGGAGGGAGGACGAGGGCUGGGAGAGGACGGAGGGCCGGAAGCAGCAGCAGCAUCAUCCAUCUGCGCAUGGUGGAUCUCACAGCCAGUACCAGGGAGAGGGCAGGAUUAGUGAUGGUGGUAGCAGGCUACCGCACCAGCAGGCGCCAGCACACAGGAGGCAACAGCAGGAGGGAGAAGAAACAAAUGAUGAAGGUUGGGAAACUGUAGGGGAGAAAAAGCACCAUGGAAGACCACAACAGUGUGAAGCAUGGAACGCAUACAAAAGGCCACCAUCUGAACAAGAGUACUCUGAAGAUUUUGGUCAGAUCCACCAUGGCUUAAAUGUAGAGCCUACCAGGGAGGAGCUCAAUAGCUUGACGGAAGCAUGUAGCCGGUUGUGGGAGCUUGAUAUGAACCGUCUUGUUCCUGGUAAGGACUACAGAAUUGAAUGUGGAGAGGGAAAGAAGGUUUAUCAGAAGGAUGAUAUGUCAUCUGAAAACCUAUUCAGCUGGCUAGGCGAUGAUGUGCUCACCAAGCCCACCUACUCUCGCUUCUGCGCGCUUCUUGACAAUUACAACCCACACCAAGGGUACAAAGAAGUUGUUACUCAGCAGGACAAGCACGAAGAAGCAGCAUUUAUUGAAGAGAUUGCCCGGACAGCGUCGAUUAAGUACUUGCACCGGUAUUUAGUGCUGAAGGGAGUCGUAUCCCAAGACUAUGAUGAUUUCAAGGCAAUGCUGACAUCCCUUUGGUUUAAUUUGUAUGGAAGAUGUGGCAACUCUAGCUGCUCUUCUGCAUUUGAGCAUGUGUUUGUUGGUGAGAUAAAGGAACAGAGACAAGGAGAGACCGAGGUCUCAGGAUUCCAUAACUGGAUUCAGUUUUAUCUGGAAGAAGCCAAGGGAAAUGUGGACUACCAAGGUUACAUAUUCCCAAGACGGCGUGGGGAAUCACCUGAUUCGGAGACACAGUUACUGACCGUUCAGUUUGAGUGGCAUGGUGUGCUGAAAUCAGUAUCAAGCUCUUUGAUUGGUGUUAGCCCCGAGUUCGAGCUGGCACUCUACACACUGUGCUUCUUUAUGGGAGGGGAGGAUAACCGCGUCGAUAUCGGCCCGUACACCGUGAACGUCAAGUGCUAUCGUAUGGGUAACAACAAGAUUGGAUCAGUCUUUCCCAUUGCUGAGAACUGAUUUGUGUGAUGACUCAUGACCUGCUUCUGCUGGUUUUUAAUUCUUCGGUGUUUAAUUUCUCUUCACUUUUGUGAAAUUUACACUGUUGUUUAAGAAAAAGAACCGCUGUUCACUCUUUUGUUACAAUGCCACACUUAUUACCAUAUUACAAGUAUACGCUACUGAAGAGGAUGCUGAUGCUGACUGA